AUGGCUGAACAACUUGUAAUCAAGCUUCUCCAUUUACUACUACUACCACUUCUUUUCACUUUAAUAACAACAGAUUUAGUAGAAGGGACUAAGAAAACAUAUGGGGUAUAUGAAAACAACAAUGUAAAAUUGUUUGUAUUUGGAGACUCAUACGUAGAUACAGGAAAUUUCUUGAACUCAUCAUCGUAUAAACCUCCUUAUGGAAUGACAUAUCCUGGGAAACCUGCUGGAAGAUUCUCUGAUGGUCGUGUUCUAACGGAUUACAUUGCUUCGUUUCUGAAAAUUGAAACCCCAACACCAUAUUCAUUAAGAAAUUCCUCAGCUCUAGAAAAUGGAAUAAACUUUGCUUAUGGAGGGACAGGUGUUUUUCCAACUCUAGUCGAUGGACCAAACAUGACUGUUCAAAUCGAUUCAUUUGAGAAGCUAAUCAAACAAAAGGUUUAUACCAAACAAGACCUUCAAUUCUCUAUUGCCCUUGUAAGCGCUUCUGGAAAUGAUUACAUUACCUUUAUAAAGAAUAGCAGCAUUACGGAGAUAAAAUCCUUCACUUCCUUGCUUAUCAAGCAACUAUUAAUAAAUGUUCAACGCAUCCAUAACUUAGGAAUAAAUAAAAUAGCAAUUGGGUUAUUGGAACCUAUUGGGUGUAUGCCUCCAAUAACUCAACUAACUUUUCAUCUCAGUUGUGUUGAUGUUCUAAAUUUGGUAUCUGAAAAUCACAACCAAGUUUUGCUCCAAAAUUUGCUACAACUUAAUCAACAACUUGGAAAAUCGGUUUUCGUUACACUAGACCUUUACAACGCUUUCCUCUCUACGAUUACAACGAUGCAAAAAAAUCGCAAAGAAAAUUCAACACUAAUGAAUCCAUUAGAAAUGUGUUGUAAGGGAGAGAGCUUGAAGGUUUCUUGUGGAAGUGUGGAUGAUAAUGGGAAUAAGAAAUACAGUUUGUGUGAGAAUCCAGAGCUUUCAUUCUUUUGGGAUAGAGUUCACCCUUCUCAAAAUGGUUGGAAUGCUGUCUACAAACAAUUGCAAUUAUCUCUUGGUCAACUUAUUGAUAGAAACUAA